CAGGUGUGGUUCCAGAACCGUCGCGCGAAGUGGCGCAAGACGGAGAAGUGCUGGGGCCGCUCCACCAUCAUGGCGGAGUACGGACUGUACGGAGCCAUGGUGCGCCACUCGCUGCCGCUACCAGAGACCAUCCUCAAGAGCGCCAAGGAGAACGACUCCGUUGCGCCCUGGCUGCUCGGCAUGCACCGCAAGUCGUUGGAGGCGGCGCAGCACCUCAAGGAGUCGGGGUCAGAGCGCGAGGGGUCCGAGGCGGAGCCCGACCGGGCGACCUCCGCCUCGCCGCCCCACCACGACCCACACGACAACCAGGCGCAGAGCUCGCCGGGCAGCAGCACCACUGCAUCUUCGUCAGCGAAGGGGCGAGCAUCUCCGGAAGGCGCGCGGGAGAUGUACGACGACCCUGAAGCCUUCCGCAACAACAGCAUUGCCUGCUUGCGAGCCAAGGCGCAGGAACACCAGCGGCUACUGACCAGCAAUCUGUUGCUGCAGGUGCGCGGGUUGCAGCGCGCGGAGAGCUGCGAAGAGGAGGGAGAAGGGGAGGGGGAGGGACCCGCCGACAUCGACGUCGGCACCGAGCGACCCCCGCCACCCUCACCCGCACCCGCGCCCGCGCCCCUCCCACCGCCUCUACCAGCAUCUCUGCAGCCCCCGCUACCGCCGCAUCACCGCCUCUACUGA